CUUUGGACGAAGUCGUGUGGUAAUUCGGAAAGGUCACCAUGCCCAACGGUUCUACUUUGUAUUCAGUGGUUCAGUAUGUGUGACAGUUGAUGAUGACGAACACAGCGCACUUGUUAAACCAUCUAUCUUGCUAAGAAGGGGGGAUCACUUUGGGGAACUCGCUUUUAUUCGUGGACUGAAAAGGGCGGCCACAGUAGUUUGUCUAGAAAGAACUGAGUUACUGUCCGUUGAAAGAGACGAUUUCUUUUCCGCUAAGAUUGACGUGUCCUUCAACGAAGACAUGCAACGACGAGUGGAAUUGCUAAAGGAGCAUCACGUGUUUAGCACGUGGCCUUCAGAUGUGGUGAAACAGGUUGCAGAGGAGAGCAUACUACAGGACUAUAAUAGCGAUGAAGUGAUUAUUCGUGAUUCGUCCAAGAUGCAGCGGAUAGUAUUCGUCACCAAGGGUCAGUGCAACGUAUUGAGGCUGUUAGACCUCAGUAACUGUAAGGAAUACAUCGACCACGCCUUGAAAUAUAGGGUGGAGAAAAUAAAAGAAGAUGGGUCUACAAUUUACAACCCUGAUGUGGAGGACAUCUCUUUAAGCUCAGUAGUUUUACGGCGAUUUCCUCCAAGAGUUAAAAGUCCCGAAGAAAACUCCUCCGCUGCGAGCUCCGAAAAUAAAAUAAGAAAGAAAGUGAAAUCGGCUCCUCCCUAUACAAACUCAGGUUUGCAUCAACCAAUAAUGACAGUGUCACAGCCGGUAAAAGGAAUCUUACACUCGGAAAGCGCAAGAGGAAAGUCGCUACGGAGUAGAGUGAGUUUCCAGGAUGAAAACAGAGAACUACCCGGUGUAGAAAAAGAACUUUUGCAACCUUCCGAAUCUCCACCAAGAUCUCCCAAACCCUCGGGAAUGCUACACCAAAUGAAUGGGCCGGAGGAGGGAUUCCGUGAGAAACACGCAGAGGGCGAGAAUGUUGGUGUUGGAGUUUAUAUGAUGGUGGAUCGAUUGAGACCAGGUCAAUGUUUUGGUGCGUGGUCUUUGUUGGAGCAAGAAGAUCAAUUCUUGCCUAAGGCUGAGAAGGCUUCCCCCCCUUCACAACAAAAUGAACGAGACCUGCACAGCCAUAAGAAGAAAAGUUUUAAGAGGCAGACUAAGGAGAAUAAACCAAGGGACAGACGCUUUACUUUGGUCAGUGCCGGCUGUGAAGUAGUCAAAGUAGCUAAAGAAGUUUUCUUCAAAUAUUCAGACGCUGAAACUCUUGAUAAACUUAAACGAUUAACAACCAAUUAUCCCAAAGAUAGCUUCCUGUGUCAGACAUAUCUUCAGCAAAGCGACUGGAGGACAUACAGAGAGAAUGUUGUAGAUAAUGUUGUGGUUAGGCAUAUUGCACGCUUAGAGACAGCUAAAGGAUCUGCUCGCUCACAUAAGGUCAGGUCAUCCCAAGUUCCGUCACCGCUGGGCUCGGUAAAAAUGUGGCCAUCAGUAAAUUCCAGGUGGGAGUACUUUCCUGAGGAAGGAUGGGUGUCUGUCCAAGUCACCAAACCAAUUGUUGCAGCCGGGACUUCAAGACCGCACAGCUCUGAUUAUUCUGCAGUAAAUUCACGAAGUCGAUGUCAGAGCCCAUCAUCAAGAAAACAAUCAGCGCACGACACGCCCCGUGGUUCACCCGUACCUCUUCCUUCACCUACCUCAAAAUCGUCCGAAAAGCUCUUACCGCUGGUCAAAAAUGAUUUGGUGCUGGCUCAGGGGAGUCAGAGGACACUGGUGCUGACUCACGGUGGAAGCAGAAGCAAUAACUAUCAACUAAAGAUCGAGAGACGAAUAAUUGACAAACACGAAUCCAGGAUAAAUAAUCCACUUGUAAAUAAAGUGAAAUGACAUUGAAGAUCCAUCAAGGGGUCCUUUCAAGAAAUCCAUCAAAUCUUCUCCAGAACUACUGUAUAAUUAAAAUAUCUGAGAUUACUUAACGCAAAUCAAAUGCUGUAUUGAAUUGUGUUUUCCUCGUUGUCAACCCAAAAUCGUGAGAUAGAUGAUCAGGUUUAACAAAUGAGAAAUGAGAAAUCAGCCUUACGUACUACGCAUACGUAACACAGGAAAAUUCUUCAGAGAUAACAGUUUUUGUUGGAGAGAAUUAUCUGUAAGUUAUUUUUAUUUAUUAAAAUGUAACAUUUGUUGAAAUAAGUUUGUAUGAGAAGUUUCCGGCUUCAAAAGACUAGUAACGCAGCAGGGAACUAGGAGAAGUAAUACAAGCUAUUUGUUCCUUCUUAUUCAUUUAGUGAAUGACAUAUAUAAUAAAAAUU